AUAUAUUAUAUCAUUCUUUGGAGUGUUCAUAAUAAGCUAUUCCAUACAUUAUGGCAACAGCAGCAGAAAAGGAAAUUAAUUAUAAGAAGGAAAUUUUAGCAUUUUCUUCUUUUAAAAUUAUUGGUAACAUAUCAACACAACUUAUAUAAAUAAAAUUACCUGCUACAAAUGAUAAAACAUAUGCCUCAUUCUCUAUUGUUGAUACUCCUAAUCCUAUUAAAGCACCAAUUAGAGCACUUAAAUUAACUAUUCCAUUUGAAAAUAAUGCUUAUGAAUUAGUGAACUUAUUUUCAAGUAAUAUACUUGUAUCACCUAUUUCCUAAGCUAAUUCAUGAACUAUAAUUGCUAUAAGUGUUGCUAUAGUACUAUCAAAAUUAUCUUCUUUUGCAGUUGCAAAUAUAACUCCUAAUGCUAAACCAUCCAUAAUAUUAUGAAGAAAAUCAGAAAUCAAAUUUAAAUACCCUAAAGUUGGUUUAUAUUUCCAACUCUCAAAAGAAAGUAAUUAUUAUGAAAUUG